GGACGUCGUAUGCGUGUGAAUCCUGCAUUACGCAUGCGCGAAAAUUUCCCUCAUCAUCGUCACAGCAUUUUUUUCAUCGUAUGUGAUCGUUCACAGUCGUUCAUUUCGCUUCUGAACCUUGCGUGAGCUACGUCGUAUUGUCUGACAAAGAAAAGAAUGGGAUUUGUAAAACCACCCGCUAUCAAGCGUCGGAGGGUGUCUAUUAAGUAUUGGGUCAGUCAAAAAACUCCUGUAAUUAUUUGAAAAUAAACAUCAAAAUGCAUUUGCAUCAUGUUGUUUAAAUUUAUAAAGGAUGUAAAUGUUUCUAUGGUAAAAUUAUACAAUUUAAAGUUCUCCGAUUUAGUUGAAACUCUACAAUAUUAAUAAAACAAUCGUUUUUUAUGCGUAGAAAACAAAUAUAAAAGUAAAAAUGAAAUUGAAAAAAUUGGGCCAUAUAUCUGUAGCCAAUUCUUUACUAGGACGAUAGAUUAAAAAAUCAAUUUUUAAAUUAAUUAGUGUGUUCCAUCAUGACAAAGCCAGAUUUUACAUUACAAUGCAAACUAUGUGCUCAAAAAACUGAAUUAGGAUAUUGUAUCCUCUAUGUAUUGCACCAUCUGACUAUUUCUCGUUUCAAUCAUUACAGAAUAAUUUGACUGAGAAGAUCAGUUUGAUAAGUUGAUCAGUUUGAGGACCUUAAAAAUAAAUAAAAAUUAAUUCAAAAUUGAACUUUGACUGACCCAAUAGAUCAUGCUCGUCCAUACUCGAUGUGAGAUGGAGAAGUCAGUUAUGAUUCAUAAGAAUCAUGAGAGUGUUUCCAAGAAUGGAAAUUCAUGAGAUGGAGAAGUCAGUUAUGGUUCAUGAGAAUCAUGAGAGCGUUUCCAAGAAUGGAAAUUCAUGAAAUGGAGAAGUCAGUUAUGAUUCAUGAGAAUCAUGAAAGUGUUUCCAAGAAUGGAAAUUCAUAUGUUUUCCUAGAAAAUGGAUGAUGAUAGAAAAUAAAUUUUGAUCGUGAAGCAGAAUGAAGAAUUUUACUAAAAGUCCCGGGUUCGAUCCCAGAUGGAACCUAAAAUUUUCAUGCGCUCGUAUCUCCUUCUCGGAGGCAAGUCCCUAAGAAUAUCUUUGCUACGAAGACCUCAAAAUCUGCCGUUCGGAAUUGGCGUUAAAAAUGUAGGUCCCGUAUGCCUGUGUUACGUAUACCUGCGUGCACACCACAGGUAUACGUAAAGAGAGGUAGGCGUUGGCGCUGUACUUGGACUGUAGCGUACCAUUGGAAGGAAAGAAAAUAUAUUUAAGGAGCAAUUUACAUUUGCAUGGAAAAACAAAAAUAAAAUAUCUCAAUCAUGAAAAACGAAAAAUGUGAGAUGCAUGUGAUAAGUGAUAAAUGUGUUUGUCUACAACAAGAAAUUAAGAAAGACAGAACACAUCUGCAAUAAUAAUAAUUGCAAUAAAUUCCUUUCACAUUUGAAUUAGUAUCAGCAGGCUAUCUAUAUCAAUGUAGUCGGUUAUAUCGCUUAUGCAGAUGCGAUUUAAAGAUAUAUUAAAUGUGGCCCCUAACAUCCAUACAAGAUAUUCCUAUGUGAUAGAGAUAAAGAUUAGUAUCAGCAUGCUAUCUAUAUCAAUGCAAUCGAUUAUAUCGCUUAUGCAGGUGCGAUUUAAAGAUACAUUAAAUGUGGCCCCUAACAUCCAUACAAGAUAUUCCUAUGUGAGAGAGAUAAAGAUUAGUAUCAGCAUGCUAUCUAUAUCAAUGCAAUCGAUUAUAUCGCUUAUGCAGGUGCGAUUUAAAGAUACAUUAAAUGUGGCCCCUAACAUCCAUACAAGAUAUUCCUAUGUGAGAGAGAUAAAGAGAGACAAAGCUGUAAAAAAGUGAAGUAAUAAUAUAAUAAAAGAGGAAAUAAAUAGCGGAUGUUGCGUAGAAACACGAUUCUUUUAUUAAUUAUAACUUUUAUAUUACGUCUAAGGUACAAAAUACGAAAUAAUAUGCGUUCCCUUUGGACUAGAUACCCAUUCCACAUAAACGUAACAACAACAGCGCAAGACCGCACGAAAAUGGUAUUGCGAAUUUACAUCUUAUCAAUCCUGAUCGACGGCAUACUAGCAUUGUCCGAAACGCGCAAGAUUUAAUCCAUAUGUAAGAAAACCUCUUCCGUUCUGUUUGUUUUCUCGUUUUAUACUCGAGGGUGCAUAUAUGUAUACAAUACGCCGUGGAAAACAAACGUGAUUAUAUAACAAGGAAAAUAACUAGGAUGAGAAUUUGAGACUAGGAAUUCUGAUCAGAAAUUUUUUCAGCCACGAACAUAGUCGUAAUGCCUCAUUUUUAGCUCUUGAACGCCCGAACUCUAAUAAUAUUACUAACAUAAUGUAGCUAAAUAUCGAAAUUAAUGUUAAACUUUAAGUGAAUUCACGUUAUAAUAAAUCUUAAUCGAUUUACACAGAGAGCAGACAAUCUAGUGUCCGGUGCAUACAAUGCAAGGACGCGAGAAGUACAUUCGCGCGGGUAUAAUAUAAUAUAAUCGCACUAUAAUACAUAACGAAGUGUGUACCGGACAGGUUGUCAGUCCUGACUGCUAAUCGAUAGCGUGUAAAGA